AUGACAGACAAACAUAAACUGAAAUACAAAGCGAAAAAUUUCGCAUGUUUUGCUGAAAUAUUUCAGAGUAAAUGCCCGGGACUUUCAAGAUAUUAUAUGUUCAAAGCACAAAAAAUUACUCAAGAUUUAUCUGAUGAACUUUCAAAUUCUUGGAGGAGCAAAUAUCAAAAUCAUAUCAUCGGCAGAUAUUUGCGUAGUAAAAACAAAGUGGCAGUAACAUGCCUGUUGUUUUCUGAAUCUUUGUCUAAAAUAAGAUUAAAGAAGAAAAAGCAGAAAAAAACCACCACAGUAAAGAACGUCAGCCUGCUAAGUCCUGAUUCACCCUUGUUAACCAGCACUCCUUCCAUGAGCAACUUGAGCAUGUCAUCUAAUAACAGCAAAUGGGAACCAGAUGCAACUCCAUUAAGUAGCAAGUAUUGCAGGAUUACUCCAAGUAGUCGGAAAAAGAAUUCAAAGAAAUUUGAUCAUCUGAAGAAAUUGUUUGCUAAUCAGAAAAUGGAGGCAGAAGAUUCAUUGAUAGAUUUUUUACAAUCUGUUACAUGA